GUAGUAAAAACUAUUGACAGUCGAGCACGUGCAUUAAUAUUUGUUGCAUAAAAAAUUAUUUUGAGUUUAUCGUAUAAAAAUUUUAUUUGUUAAAUAGUAUUGUGUGACUUAUUCUAACUUGGAAUUUCUGUUUUUAAAAUUGGUGUUUUCGUAAUUGUUAAAUGAUUUUUUAAUUGGAAAUCAACUUUGGACUUUACCAUCAUUUUUAAAGCAUUUUAUUAUUAAUAAAAUAAAAAUGACAGAAGAUACAAGUGUUGUUGAAACAAAGGAAAAAGUUUCAUACAGUGCAAGAGUUAAAUUCCUUAAUAAAAUUGCUAAACCUCUAGCUUCUAAAUCGUUAACAAAAAAAAUUUAUAAAUUAGUGAAAAAAGCACACAAAGAAAAAACAUAUUUAAGAGUUGGUUUAAAAGAAGUACAAAGACGUAUUAGAAGAGGUGAGACAGGUUUAGUUAUAUUUGCUGGAGAUGUUACACCAAUUGAUAUUAUGAGUCACAUGCCUGGAAUUUGUGAAAAUAAAGGUUUGCCUUACUGUUAUAUUCCGUCACGUGAAGAUUUGGGUUCAUCUAUGGGAGUUAAACGAUCUGCAGUUAUGGUCCUUAUUCGUAAACAUGAUAACUAUGCUGAUUUAUAUGACGACUGUAGUAGUGAGAUAAAAGGAUUACCACUGGAUUUUUAUUGAUUAUUUUGUAAUUUUCUUUUAUUAUUUUAAAGUAAUGUUAAGAAAUGAUGAUAUAAUAUAACAUAAAUAAAAAUAACUUUUAAAAUAAAGUAUUAUAAAAAAUGAA